ACGACUGUUCCAAAGUAUGCUCUUUGAGUGAGUUAAUCUUUUUUUCUUACUCAGAUUUUUGCAACGAGGUCUUUUAUCUCGUUGUUCGCACUCACACUAGUUCCACCAUCUUCAUCACCUUAAUAACGACUCACUGGAACACCAUGGUGAUAAUUCCGUUACAAACAAAACCGGCAGAAGGUGAGUGAAAGGUGAAGGCCGAAUCAUAAACAAGCGCAAUAAAAAGGAAAACUAACGCAAUGUUAUUAUGAAACUGUCACUAUCCAGGUGGCUGUGAUAUUUAAGUUUAAAUUCAUCCCGCGAAUUCCCUGUGUGUGUGUUGCUAAAUAUGCUGAUGGCCUAGCGAAUGUGGUGCGGUGGUAGAUAAUGUCCAUAAAUAUAACAGUGCACUCGAAUGGGCACCCAACGACGAGCAGUAAAAAUCCUUUCGCCAGUCUCGAGAGCGUUCGCAAGGCUGACAAUGAGGAACGAAGAAGGGCACGUUUGGAACAGGUCCGUCAGCAGUCGAAGGAACUUGCUGCGAAAGUUCGCAGGAACUUCCAGAAGGCGAAACAACAGGAGCUGUGCAACGUUGAAAAAGUAAAGCAAGCAGAACUGAAACGCUGGAAGCAGAAGCAUAUUACCAAACUCCAGUCGAACUAUCAAGCUUGUCUGGAGGAUGUGGGCGAAGCUCACCGAGCGGCUGAGGCCGCUGAGCAAUGUGAGAUAUGGUUUCAAGAGAAGAAGGCUACUCAGCAGGCUAAUGCGCUCUUGCGUGGACGGCAGGCGGAGGCCAAACGGGCAGAAGAAAACCAAGAACGCGAAAAGAGGAAGGAAUAUAAACCCAUGAAAUCGGUUGGUGUGCAGGCGAUUGUUCCAAUUGAAAAGCCGCUAGAAAGCAAGAAACAGGGGACCGAUGUCCAUGCAGACGAAAGUGUUUCUUCCGCGAACACAUUUAGUGCGUUUGAGCAGUUCAAAAAAGGGUCGAUAAUGAAAUCAAGUCUACCAGCGGGAAACGAUCGGCCCUUGAUUUGGCCAGAAUUUAUUUUUUCGGACGAAGAUGCUGCAGUCUCAGGUAAAAAUAAAGAAAAUAUUCCAUCUAACAACUCUCCUAUCAAAACGAUGGAAACACUUUACUACAAUCCGACAACGUACACCUCACCGGAAACAUUGGGCAACCAUGUCCCUUCGACGACAAAUUCUACACGGCCCGCCGCCCUUAAACCCUUUACACAAGUAUCAGACUACAUCCAGAGACGAAGGGAGGAGCGUUCGCAAAAGAUCCCUCCAGUUUCAGCGCAUAUCGCGAGGGAACAAGCGAGCUAUUCCUCCCAGAAAAUCGUUCAAUUUGACGAACAUAGUGAGAACACACUUUCCUUCCCCACAAGUGCAGCCCUGGAUCGUUCGAUUUUGGAAUCACCUCGCAAACCGGUACGCAAGCUGCUCGAACAACCAAAGCCCUUGCCACUGACUUCUGCUAAUGUGCGUCCACCCAUCGUACCACCGAAAGGGAAGGAUUCGAUUGCAAGUUCAGUGAAACAUUCGACGCAUGGGUCUGCCACAUCGGUCGGGGAAGCCACCUCCAGGGUGCAAUAUUAUGAUUACAACACAAAGUACCGAAAAGAGUACGAUCAGCCGUCCUCCUUGGUACAGCGCAACGAGAAGGUUGAGGGAGAGCUGAAUGCGAUGCAGGAAGCGAGUAGACUCGAGCGGCUGCAGGAUGAAAUGCUUAAGGCUAGAAGAAAACCUUCCGAAGGUACAGAUCGGGCGAAAGUCGCGUUGGAAAAGCUUCAAACGCGCAAAGAUUACGAAAAUCUAAAGGCGGAACUGGACAAACUUGUGCGUGCUGAAAGCAUGGUUAAAGCUCUUGACACGACAACGAAAAAAGUUCAAUCGGAAACCCAACAGCGGCAACGCUCAGAAAUCCGCCAGAAACGUUUAAACGAAGCUGUUGAGGAUUUGCUGAAAGAGAAGGUGUUGAUUACAUGUCCGCUAGUGAGGGAACCACCGGCGAAUGUUCAACUACCCAGUAGACAACAGCAGGUGAACGUGGCGGCCGUAGGUGGCAACGCCAAAGCGGAUAAGCCUUUUGGAGAUGACUCAAACAUCCGGCGGGAGCAGAACAGCUCCGAUAGUUGUAGCACAAUCGUCCUAGGACACGAACCCAACAACACGACACGAGCUGGUAUAUCAUUGCCACCAGGAACCCAAGGAAGUGAUAAGGUGUCAAAGUUAAAAGACCUUCUGGAGCAAAUUAACACUCAGAGACAAUUACUCACUGAGGAACUGAAGAAAGAACAGCAAAUCGAGAAAGAAGUGAAAUCGGCAUUGGACGUAAAAUCGACUCAUUGUCAAACGGACGAUGGGAUUAAGCAAAUUCAACAGCGACAGCAACAACUCGAGGAGCAACAGAAGCAGCUGAAGCAGAAGGAACGUGAGAUUCUUGAUCUCGAGAAACAGUUGAAGGAAAAAAUGAAUCGAAUGAAGAGAGAAAAGUCCCAGCCGAGGGUACCGAUCCAAGUUGAGACGAAAGGGUCAGCCACUGCGCAGGUGCAAGCCGUCCAAGAAGUACUAUCAACAAGUUCAAGUGAGAGCAUCGAUUCUGGUUCACAGAUACCCGUUAAAAUUGUUAUUACGGUCAAUGAUAAAACUCAGAAGAAGAUCAAAAAGACCCCAAAGAAGAUGGUUUCCGAAGGGCGUAAGCGGAAAAAAGCAGUGGAAGUCAGAGAUGAGCCACCAGAGCCGCUAGCUGAACCGCAUCCGAAAACUCCUGUCAAGGCCAAGAAAGUUCCAGUCAAAACUGUGGCUCCACCUCAACCAAAACCAAUCCCAGAUGCGGAACCAUCCCCAAUCAGCUCAACCACGUCCACUAUUUAUCGCCAACUGCCGGCGAAAAUUGACAAUCGGGUAGGCCAGUUAUUGAACCAGAUAAGUGAAAAGCAAAUCGCAGAACAACCGCAUCUUGAGGCCCCUAAGGUACAAUCAAAACCAGCAAAAAUUGUUCCAAAACAUAUGUUGAAGAAAACAGCCCCACCCCCGGUGACUUCCCGCGAACGGAAUCUCAAUCCCAACCUGAUGCAAUAUAUUGUCCGCUUGCUGGGAAUGUCCCGACAAUCCAUCGACCAGCUCGGAGUCAGCUCGUCAACCUCUAUUUCGACCCCGCACGAAUCGGUUGUUAACGUGAGCGAUAACCGCUCAGGCGCCGAAGAAACACCUCUUCCGAUGGAUGCAUUUCGGAUAGACAGAUUGCGGCGCUUCAUCGAUGAGAAUUACAAUUUUUUGAACGAAAUCGACGAAACGCUGAAGGAUCAGCAGCUGGACGGCACGAUGGAUGAAAAUAUCAGCCGAGUGGAAGAUAUUUGGAUGAAAACACUUAGUCGCAAGGAGCAGGAAAUUCGUGGAGAGAAACCAGUGCAACCUCCGAAAGCACCGGAAGCCCCUAAACACCCCACUGAGGAACCAUCACCGUCAGGCAGAACGGAAGGCUCCCUGAAAUCGAUUCUCAAAUCCCCGAAGAAGGCGUCCCCAAAGGUGGCCAAAAUUAUCACACCGCAGGGACACGUAGAAGUAAUAAACCUAAGCGAUCGCGAUGAGCAGGAAGUUCUCGCAAAGUACUCCCAGCUGACGGAGAACUGCAGCAAGAGAAUUUCCGAACUCUCGGAUAUGAUUCGGAAGGUACGGGAGGAGAAGAAAAAGCUGAUCGAAAACAGUCUGUCUUCUAGUGAGCAGCAGGAGUCCACCAAGUAUAUGGAUCUGCCUGUGCGCCACUCCGGAGAGACACCGGCGGCAUUGCAUCGCAGUAAGAGUGCGUCCAGAGGAAGCGUAGAAACGAGCCCCCCAUCGGCGAAAGAAGAUCCGAUCAGUGAGGAGAUCAAUAACAUUUUUACCUCGGCGAGACAAAUUGGUCUAAGCAAGGACAGCGGAAUCGCCAUGUCACGGCCGGUGACGUCGUCCGAUUUCCGCGAUAGCCCUGAUGCGCGUCCGCCGAAUGCAGGUGUGCCUCAGUUCGAGUCAUCGGAGGACUUGAGCUCCAGAGAGAAGCAACCGGUUGCUUUCGAACCACUGUUGAAGGAUAUCCCCAAGGUUACCAGCCGCGUGUUUUCAGCCGAUUCAAAUUCCCAUCCAGCGACAGCAGUGAGUCAGGCUCCCGAGGCCAGGGAACUCGGCCUGGCGAAGCGCACCAAACCACCAAUGGCCAUAACUCGAUACAGUCCCCAGCUUGAAGAAGCGGUAGCAGCUCACGAGUUGUCCACAAUACCCGAGGUGGAAACGCCCGGGGCGUCCAAAGUGAACAUUUCGAUCCCCGCUAGCGAAAGACUGGAUUCCUCUGAGCAACUGCUGGUUGACGCGCGCGACAAACUACUAGACUAUGCCCGAUCGAUCGGCUACGAAGGAUUCCCGGUGUAUGAUGAGUACGUGCGUAGAGAAAAUUUGGAAUCCACUCGGUACGACCCGGAGAAGACGAGUCAAUCGAAGCUCAAUGAAUUGCUGGAGGUUACCGGUAAGAGCGAUUUGUUGCGCUACCAAAAGUUCCCCGUUCCUGCUCCUGAGAUGAAUAUAACCGGAGAAACUCUGAAGGGAAGUACCCUUGGUGGAGAAAACUCCCUUCCUGGAGCGGCGAGUAAUUCCAGCUCGAGCGCAUCCCUUCCGGAUGUCGUAGCUGAACUCAAGCGUCGAAACAUAAUUGACAAAUCAUUCGAAUCGUUGGAUGAUUCGAACAGAUCAACUCCAAAUUCUCUGGAAAUAACAGCCGUUCCACCCGUACGGAAGUCACCUAUGAAAAAGAAACACACUAAAAAAGCGAAUGACAUGACUACCAACCGAACAAGCUCCGAAGUGACCGAAUCGCUGGAACGAGAUCUUAACACGUUGGGGUUAAGAUGGGCUUCGUCUAUGUUGAAGAAAAAUCAAGAAUUGCAGCUACUGCAGGAUCAUUCCAGUAGCUCUUCACUGUCAUUGGCAGAUGACAUUCGGCGAGCUGCUGCUGCUGGGAGGAAACAGAAAUCAAACACCACCGGGGACCUCGACGAGUCCCAACCGCAUGCGGGUAAACCUUUGAAUCUCAAGGAAUUCAUCGCCCGCGAGCUCAUGAUUCGCACUCAGUCGGACCUGAAUUCUCUCACGAAUUCGUCCAGUCCGUGCAGCGUGCUGCUGAAAUCCCUGUUGGACAUUAGCCAUAUCAACACCUCCACACCGGAGUUACUGACACAAACAACGGACAAAAAUAUACAGCGUACCUCGACGCCAGUGGCGACCAAGUCGUCUUCCAGCGCGUCCAGAGAGAAUGGUGGUGGAGCGGCGCGUGACGCCAGCAUAACGCUUAGUAAUGGUUUGUUUUCGGGCGAAUCGAGGCUUUCUUCGGUGCGGAUGAGUUCAUCCUCGGGCGAGGAGCACAAACUAACGAUUCCGAACGCCCGGCUCGAUGUGGAUAAGUAUAGGAAGAAGGGAGGAUCCGAGUAGGAGCAUUAGCUGAAACACAGUCGAAAUUCUCACUCAGAGUGUCUGUUUUUAAUAGUAUAUUAUUAAAUGUUUUAUUUUAUAUUUCAGCCCUAAGCAUAACCGCAUGUUAUAUCAGAUAAGCAGUGCCUUGUGGCGAUAUUGCCGGAAUAAAAUACUGACGAUUAAGGAUUUUUUUAAACAGAUAACAGUUGCAUUUAUGGAUUGAAUCGUUGCUCAGAUAUUUAAUUGGAAAAUUUUUACAUUUGAAUUUGCAGGCAAUUUUAUAUAGUGAUAGUAAAAUGCGUAGGUAAGCUUAAAUUAGUAUUAUGUUAUACAUCUGAUUGUCCAUCGUUGGAUUCAGACGCGGAAAUGCUAGAGCAUGUGCUGAUGAGCUCAGUAUGGAACUAGUGAAAUUAUUCAAAAUAGUAAUAUUUAAGAAACCUUCGUCUUAUAAACGUAUAAUUAGUUGAGAGUAGUACAAAA